AUGCAGGACAUGUUUGUAGCUGGGACGGACACGUCAUACGUAGUCCUAGAGUUCGCCAUGGCCGAGCUCAUGCGAAAGCCACACCUAAUGGCCAAACUCCAAGCCGAGGUAAGGGACAAGACACCCAAGGGCCAACCAAUGGUCAUGGAGGACGACUUGGGCGGCAUGACCUACCUAAAGGCGGUCUUGAAGGAGACGCUCCGGCUACACCCUCCAUUGCCCCUCCUCCUCCCGCACUUCUCCGUGGACAAGUGCGUCAUCAACGGCUACACUGUCCCCGCCGAAACCCGUGUCAUCAUCAAUGUGUGGGCCAUCGGUAGAGACCCGGGAUCAUGGGAGGAUGCGGAGGAGUUCAUCCCUGAGAGGUUUGAGGACGCCGCGUCCCCCGACUACAAGGGGAGGGAUUUCGGGAUCCUGCCAUUUGGAGCCGGACGAAGGAUAUGUCCCGGGAUAAACUUUGGCAUGGCGUCCGUGGAGAUUAUGAUGGCCAACCUUGCCUAUUGCUUUGACUGGGAGCUCCCGGGCCGGAUGCAGCAUAAGGACCUUGAUAUGACAGAAGUGUUUGGAAUGACGAUACACCGGAAGGAGAAGCUGCUUCUUGUGCCAACAACACGAGAUGUUAGUCAUGAAUAA